GGGCGGCGGGGGGCUUUGAAAGCCAACACCCGGCAUGCGUGCGGGGGCCGAGCCUGCUGGACGCCCCUCCUGGGGAGCGGAGCGCGGCCUCAAAAUAACCUCCUGCCCGCCCGGCCCAGCAGGGAAAGUCUUUGCAGAGUCCGGUCGGCGCCGCCAUGGGGCUGAGCUUCUGGCUGGGGGCGCUUCUGUGCUGGGGAAUCUUCCACCUCCUGGAGGGCAACGAGGAGGCCCGCCUUUUCGACGCCCUUUUCGCCGACUACGACAAGACGGUGCGGCCGGUGGGCGAGGGCGGGGGCGCGGUGGAAGUGCAGGUCAAGCUGACCCUCACCAACCUCAUCUCCCUGCACGAGAAGGACGAGACCCUAACCACCAACGUCUGGAUUACACAACAAUGGCUCGAUUACCGGUUGAACUACAGCAGUAAAGACUUUGGGGGGAUCAGUUUGUUCCGGGUCUCCGCAGACAUGGUGUGGCUGCCAGACGUGGUCUUGGAGAACAACAUCGACGGGAAAUUUGAGGUGGCCUAUUUUGCCAACGUCCUGAUCUCUCCUGGGGGAGUCAUAGCUUGGAUCCCCCCAGCCAUCUUCAGCAGCAGCUGCUCCAUUGAGGUCACCUUCUUCCCCUUUGACUGGCAGAACUGCUCACUCGUCUUCCGGUCUCAAACAUACAAUGCCAAAGAAGUGGAGCUUAAAUAUGGGCGUGACGAUGUUACAGGAGAAAUUCUAAAGAAGAUCGUGAUUGACCCGGCAGCCUUCACAGAGAAUGGCGAGUGGGCCAUCAAACAUCUCCCGGCCCGCCAGUCCUUGGCCCCGAUGUCUGGGCUAGAGGCUCCCGGCUUUUCUGAGCUCCACUUCUUCCUCAUCAUCCAGCGCAAGCCCCUCUUCUACGUGAUCAACCUCAUUGCCCCCUGCGUCCUCAUUUCCUCCUUGCUGGUACUGGUCUAUUUCUUGCCUGCCCAAGCUGGAGGGCAAAAGUGCAUCGCCAGCAUUUCGGUGCUGCUGGCCCAGACGGUCUUCCUCUUUCUGAUCGCAAAGAAGGUUCCAGAGACCUCACUCGGCAUACCCCUCAUUGGCAAGUACCUGCUCUUUGUGAUGGUGGUGGCCACCCUGAUUGUCAUGAAUUGCGUCAUCGUGCUGAAUGUCUCUCUGCGCAGCCCCAACACCCACAGCAUGUCAGAGCAACUCAAGCACGUGAGGAGGGGGACACAGCAAGGGGGGGUCUGUCACCUGUUAAAGGAGGCAGAGGAGGUAUUCUUGGAGGUCCUCCCACGGUACCUGGGCUCCAGCUUAGAACCAGCAGGCGAUGACCCCUGGGACGCCCCACGCCCACGGCGACGCAGCUCCUUUGGGGUGAUGCUGAAGGCAGAAGAGUACAUCCUGAAGAAACCAUGGAGCGAGAUCCUCUUUGAGCACCAGGGGCUGCGGCACGGACUGCAGAGGGUCCCAGGAUACAGUGCAGCUUAUGGCCUUGAUGUGGGGAUGACCAGCAGCUUGUACAAGAACCUGGCCAGCUUGGCACCGGAGAUCAAGGAGUGCGUGGAUGCCUGCAACUUCAUUGCCGAGAGCAGCAAGACCCAUAGUGCUGACAGUGCGGAGAUGGAGAACUGGGUGCUGAUUGGGCAGGUGAUAGACAAGCUCUGCUUUUGGAUCGCCAUCUUGCUCUUCACCAUCGGGACUCUUGCCAUCUUCUUCAUGGGGUACUUCAAUGCUGUGCCCGACAACCCCUUUCCUGGAGAGGAGGAACUGUAGGGCAGGCAUCGUCCUCUCUGCCUCACUGGCCAGCCCCACUGCACAUGAACAUUCACGAUGGCCCACAGGGGGCUCUUUCUCUUGACUCAUGGAACAGCCAUGGUACCCCCCCCUCAACUGGAUGGUUUUGCCCUCUGCAUCUCUUGAGUAUUGUCCCACACACACAUACAGCAGCCAUGCCUGAAUGGGUUGGCCUUCUAAGAACCAAGGAAGUUCCCCCCAGCUGGAUGUGUGAUGAGCAACCUCGGCAAGGUAACCUCAGUUCUGUGGAGUUACAAAGUCUGCACACAUCUGCAUUAGCCAGACAUGGACAAAUAAAAGAUACAUGAUCGCC